UCCGUUUCCCCUGAAAUUCACUCCCUGCCCCUGGUCGAGCACCUGUCCUUUAACGAUUAGGCUGAGUUGAUUUAUGUCUACCGGCAUAAGAGAGGGGAGUUUGUGAGCACGAUCAACAAAAUGGCGAGAGCGACAACGCUCGUGAAGGGUGAAGUAGACAAGGAGGAUCGGACUAUCAAAGCCGCGACUAUCGAUGCGGAGUCCAAGUUCGUCAAAAUCUGGGCUGCUGAUUCCCAGUUCCAUAAGGAUAAGGAUGUCAGGUGGGUGACGAUUGAGGUUGAGGUGGCGAUGGAAGAUGUUGAGGAUGAAUUGACGGAAGAAGAGAAGGAGUAUUUGAGGAGGAAGGAUGCGGAGGUUGCCAACACAAAGGCCUCUUUGGAUUCAAUAAAAAGGAAGACGUUCACAGACAUGAGAAGGAAUGCUUUCUUACCCCUGGCCUCGCCAAGAUGGGUGGAGACCAUGUCGACUGCCUUUAGUGCAAAGAUAUGGGGCCUGGAAACAUACAAUUUCCUGGCCCCGAUUGAUCAGAGGGGGUAUCGUCUUUUGGCUUCCCUAUCACAGGACGAGAUAAAAGCUGCGUAUGAUAAGGCGCUGGAGAUGAACACGAUCCCACCUGAUGUAAAGUUUUCAUUCAAUAGUGAUGGGAUUUUCCUGCCUCCCAUGUACUCAAUGGAUGCGAAUACGUGUGGCCUCCGUCGGCCCUCCGUGAUGGUGAAAGGCAACAAACCACCGCAAAACCCAUUUGCCCUUGCCGAGCUGAAGAGAAUAUGGAAUGUAGGAAGACCGUAUAUCAAGUGUAGAUGCACGGAUAUCAAGAACUUGAUUGACACGAUGGUAGAGAAUGGGUUCCUAAGGAAUAGGUGUAUUGGUACUGCCUGUAAGGUCCUUGACCAUCCCCACCUCUUCCAGGAUUUCCGGUGCAGGAGCAGGGACACCAAGACUUUCCUAAAAGUAAGUAAGUUCACUCAUAGAGACCUGAACGAGGCCAGUCAGAAUGCUGUCUCGGUUGCCGUGUUGCUGAUGAGAAUGUUGCUGGCCAUGGGCUACUAUUUGAGCACACCAGUGGCCCUUGUUGCGGUGGGGCUAGUUGCACGUGGCACUGUGGUGGUGAUUCUGGGAAUGGCUCUGCUUUUUUUUUUUGGGGGGGGGGGGGGAGCAUCUGACAAGAGGUCCCACUACCAGGAGGCUGUAAAAAUCGCUACGGAGAAGAGACUUGCCACUCUUGAAGAGGUCAUUGUCGCACUGCAGAAACAGUGUGUGGCAGCAGAAGCUAACGCUGAGGUAUGGAGGCAUGAAGCGCUUCGCCCCGGGAAUAAACGAGGGCCGAUUGCGAUUGGUUCUACGCCUUGCACUGAUGCUCGCGUCCGGCGUCGGGUGACUCCUGUGGCUUCUCCGCGUGUCACGGGGAAGUUUGAUCAACACUUGAAGACUGUGGUGGAUCGUAAUCGGCAGGAGGUCGAAUUGUUGAAAGAAAUGAGACUUCGUGAGCGACGUGAGGUGAAUGCUCGUAAGGAAUCCGAGAAGGAAGUUGAGAGACUUAAAGACGAGAUGGCUAAACUCCAAACCAGUCAGAAGAAAGGAGGCACUAACCUGAGGAAGCGGAUGGAUGCUGUUGUUGGAGCAUCUGCCUUCAAGGGCAAACUUUAAGGAGUUGCUGCUGCGUCUCCUAUAGGUUUGACCUGCCACCGCGAGGUGGUCUUGAAAGCUGCACGGCGGGAUCUUCGCGCCUUGGAGAAGGAUGCUGUGACCAAAAUUUGUGAAGAUGAGGGUGUACCAUAUACCACCCUGGAAGCAACGAAGGAGGCUAUUGUGCAAGCACGGGCGGAUAAAGCUGCUGCCGACGA